AUGUCCUUUCUUCUUUUUCCUUCACUUGACAAUGCUGUGCUGUUUGUCUUCCACAGCCCUCAUCUGAUUUUCCUGUCCCAGAGUGUGUUGUAUUCACAAAGUCCUCGACCUGGAGUCAGCGGCCAGUCUCUGUGUGGGUCCAGGAUUUGCCAUGAGAUCGCCCACUCCUGGUUUGGCCUGGUUAUCGGGGCCAGAGACUGGACUGAGGAAUGGAUCAGUGAGGGCUUCGCUACCUGCCUGGAGGACAUUAUUUGGGCUAAAGCACAGCAACUCUCUUCAACAGAGGCAGCAGAGCUGUUUGACCUGAAGUCGCUGCUCAGGUGGAGGCGACUUUCCGAUGAAUUGCAGAACUCAAAAGAGGAACUUCAAAUCCUCAGGCCGAACACGGACAAGACCGGUCAGGUCAGUGACUCGGGCUCCUCCACAGUUAAACAUGCCCUCAACCCUGAGAAAACCUUCAUGCAAGUCCACUACCUCAAGGGCUACUUCCUCCUUAGAUUCUUGGCUAGUCAAGUGGGAGAGGAGCAACUCAUUGAAUUUUUCAGAUUAUUUGUAAGGAAAUACCAUGGACAGCUAGUUUUAUCUCAG